AUGAAGCGCCUCGGGACGCAGCCGAUCACGGCCUUCUUCCCGCGCAAGCAGGUGCGGCGCAUCAGCAUCGAGUCCGACCCAGAGCAGCAGCAGACGCAAGCCGGACGCAGCGCCGCCGCCCGUCGAGACGCGCGCGAAGACCUGACGGGCAUUCUGCAGCGCCGGGAGCUCGUGGGCUGCGCGUCCACGCGGCAGCUCGUCGGGGGCCUGCGGGGUCCGAGACGCCGCCGCAAGCAGCAGCUGGUGCGCUGGGCGCUCACGCACUUCCAGCGGCUCCCGGUGGAGCUGCAGCUGCCGCCCCAUUGGGAGCGCCAGGCCGGCGCCAUGAGCACCGAGACGUUCUACGCCAGCUGCCUCGAGUUCGAUGCGCAGGGGGUCCUCCUGGCCGCGGGGGCGUCCAACGGCAUCGUCGCGCUCUACGACUUUGACGACGUGUUCCACCGCAGCUUGAACCUCGGACAGGUAGAGCAGGAUCAAGGAAAAAUUCGGGGAAUUCAUACAAUUUUCACUCCAUUUGAAGUCAAGUGCAUUCGUUGGAAUCCAGUUAAUGAGGACGAGAUUUCGGUGUCGUUUUCGAACCGCAACGAGAUUCAUGUCUUCAAUCUGCGCAAGUUUCCUAGCAAACCGCACAAGGUGCUGAAGAGCUCGAACCACCCGUCCAGCGGGUACAACGACAUGCUGUACCUUCCUGCGACCGAGUCGAAGCUUUCGAACGCGCUCCAAAUCGGUGCGACAAAAGCGAAGCCACGCGCAGGAGGUUGCAGUGUCAUCGCUGGAGAUAUCGAUGGGGCUAUCCGCAUGUGGGAUACCCGGUUCCCGUUGCGGCCAGUGUGGAGCAUUCCCACAGGAUCGCAACCGAUUAACGCGCUGGUGCUGUCUCCGAACAAACAGUUUAUCAUCUGCGGCAACGAGGCUGGGGUGGUUAUGACGUACGACAUACAGCACAAGUCUGUCCCAGCAUUUGGCUCGAAACCCGUGCCGCAGCGAAAAGCAGCAUUCAGCAUCAUGGAAGCGAUCAGGCCAUUUUUAUCAUCUGCGGGGAUUGAGGCGGUAAUUCUCUCGAACCGAUCCGGCUCACCCGGCAUCACCUCGAUGCGCUUGGUACCGAAUGCAGAGACGCAGGUGCUGUGUCAGUUGCGGAAUGAUUGGGUCGUGGUCAUCGACUACCUGCUUGGAUCAGUCAUAAAGCUUCAUACGUUCAUCCGAGGUCUAAAACUGAGAGAGAAGUCAAAGGCAGAAGCCUCGCCAUCGGUGCUGUCGAUGGCUAGUGAGAACCAGUAUCAUCGGGACUUCUUGCCUAGCUCGUUACGGAAUUCAUGGCUCUCCUGCCAUCGUUGCAGAGGCACGUUCUUGUUCGAUGAAUCGAUCAUGUGUACCGGGAUCCACGACACCACGAGCUUGAACGUGAUCGAUUUACAGCAGCUGCGACGCAUCAAGACCCAGCCAGCAACAAAACGUGAGGAUGGAAAAGUUGAAGUCGAUGGGGUAAGAAACAGCACGCCAGGUCCUGAAUUGCCUGCGAUAGAGCGGCUUGAUCGAUUCCGCAUCCCUAUGAGCAGCAUCAUGACUGCUGUGGCAGCUCACCCGAACCAGCAUUCGGUAAUAUGCGGCGGCGAAAACAUGAGGCUGCAGAUCAUGGGUGUUAUGGGCCAAUUUAAAUAUGAGUGCCAGGAGUGA